CCACCCUUCUCUGUCUCUCUUCUUCCUUGAAUCCUUUUCAAUUCUAUUUUCAUCAUGAGCCCUUCGUCACGAGAGAUCAACGGCCCCCGCCCGGCUCCUCUCAAGAUUCACAAGGACUCCCACCUCAUCCACAAGCAAUCCUCCUCCUCCUCCUCCUCCACCACCACCACCACCACCACCUCCUCCUCCUCCUCAAGCACCCAGCGCCACCACCCUGUCAUCAUCUACACACACUCCCCCAAGAUCAUCCACACGCAGGCCCGCGACUUCAUGGCCCUGGUCCAGAAGCUCACCGGCCUCUCCAAAUCCACCGACGGCAACGACGACGCCGCCGCCGCCAACAAUCCCACUCCCCCGCCAUCCAACAUACCCCGCAAGGACGCCGACACCAUCCAUGGGGCUACCGAAGACUCGUCGUCAUCGUCCGAGAAUUGCAGCAUCGCCGGGGACGUCGUCCACCACGUCGGCUGCUCCUCACUGCCAUCUGCCGCUGCCGCUGCCUUUUCGCCGCUCGGCUUUGACCCUCCACCACCGCCUAACCCGUUCCUGUCGGAGAUCCCGCUCUUCACGCCCAACUCUUUCUGCUCGCCGAGGUCCUUCUAUAGAUAUCCGGAGUCGGCCGUCUUCUCGCCUUCCGUUCCGAACAUGGGCGGCUCCAUCUCACCCUCCAUCAUGGAGGCCAUGAGGGCAUUCCCCGAGUACUGAGACCGGCAGGAACCAUAGAUUGGUAAUAAUUCUUCUUGUUUCGUUUGUUUUGUUUGGGUGAUUCUAUGAGCUCCAGAAGCGCAGAGAGGGGGAGCAAAUGUGAAUAAUAUGAUUCAAUUCGUUCGUUGUUAGACUCCUUCAUAUUGGAGACUGAUUUGUUCGUUGUUUCCUUUCCUUUUUAUUCAAUGAAAUGAAGGCCUGCAUCUAGUUUUUCUUCUCCUUUUCUUGUAA